UGGUAAUACACAACAAGGAAAAGAAAGAAUCACUUUCCUGCUAUUUCUCACUCUAUAAUCUCUCUGUUCCCUUUGUUUCAUAACACAAAUUUUUUUUUUUUUUCAUUUCAUAAAUUCGUUCGACUAGCAGCAAGGCAUACAACCAAACUUCUUAUUCCAGCCACUGCAGUAACGCCCGCCCACGGCCAGCACUGCACACACGGCACUGACCGACGAGUCUCCGGCAGUCACGACAGAAGCAGGGAAUCAAUGGGAAUCGAGUGUCUUGUGCUUGGUGCUGGGCAAGAAGUAGGGAAGAGCUGUGUGGUUGUGAACAUCAAUGGCAAGAAAAUUAUGUUUGAUUGUGGGAUGCAUAUGGGUUAUCAUGAUAAACGCCGUUAUCCUGAUUUCUCCCUCAUUUCUGACGACUCCGGCAGCUUCGAUCACUCUCUCACUUGCAUCAUAAUCACUCAUUUUCAUUUGGAUCAUGUUGGAGCACUUCCGUACUUCACUGAAGUUUGUGGGUUUAAUGGACCUAUUUAUAUGACGCAUCCAACAAAGGCAUUAGCUCCUCUUAUGUUGGAGGAUUAUCGUAAAAUUAUGGUGGAUCGGAUGGGUGAUAAAGAACAAUUUACUUCAGAUCAAGUUAAUUCCUGUAUGGAGAAAGUUAUAGCAGUGGACUUAAAGCAAACUAUUCGGGUUGAUGAAGAUCUUGAAAUUCGUGCCUACUAUGCUGGCCAUGUUAUUGGUGCUGCGAUGUUCUAUGCAAGGGUGGGAGAUGCUGCGAUAGUUUAUACGGGUGACUAUAAUAUGACGCCUGAUAGACACCUUGGUGCUGCUCAAAUUGAUCGUUUGCAGUUGGACCUUGUUGUAACUGAGUCAACGUAUGCAACAACAAUCCGUGAUUCUAAAUUUGCUCGUGAAAGAGAAUUUCUCAAAGCUGUACAUACAUGCGUUGCUAGUGGGGGAAAAGUUCUAAUUCCAACAUUUGCUCUUGGGAGGGCUCAGGAACUCUGUAUACUGUUGGAAGAUUAUUGGGAGCGGAUGAAUUUGAAGGUUCCUAUAUACUUUUCUGGAGGUUUGACGAUCCAAGCGAACAUGUAUUCCAAGAUGCUUAUUAGCUGGACUAGUCAAAAGGUGAAGGAGGCCUACAUUACUCGCAAUGCAUUCGAUUUCAAACAUGUUUGUAGUUUUGAUCGUUCCCUGAUACAUGAUCCUGGUCCUUGUGUUCUAUUUGCGACACCGGGAAUGAUCAAUGGUGGCUUUUCACUUGAGGUUUUCAAGCAGUGGGCACCAUCAGAAAAAAACCUCAUUACUUUGCCUGGGUAUUGUGUAGCAGGAACUAUAGGACACAAAUUAAUGUCCGGGAAGCCCACAAAAAUUGAUUUGGACCCCAAAACUCAGAUUGAUGUGCGAUGUCAGAUUCAUCAAUUGGCAUUCAGUGCUCACACAGACGGCAAAGGAAUCAUGGAUCUUAUGAAAUUUCUCUCACCCAAGCAUGUGAUUCUUGUUCAUGGCGAGAAGCCUAAAAUGGAAAAACUCAAAGGAAGAAUUCAGACUGAACUUCGAAUCCCUUGUUAUGCUCCUGCAAAUAAUGAAACAAUUAGCAUUCCAUCGACACAGUAUGUAAGGACAGAUGUGUCUGCUUCAUUUAUAAACAGUACUAUGUGUCCAAACUUUAGCUUCAAAAACAAUGCUUUGGAAGGUGAAUCGGAGGUUGGUGUCGGUGAACGCAAAACUACACCAAAGCUGCAGAUAUGUGAUGUGAGGGUUUCUGAAGGACUGCUGGUUAUGGAAAGUAAUCAGAAAGCAAAUGUCGUGCAUCAAGAUGACUGGUCUUGGGAUACUUGACUAUUUCCUUUUCCAGUAUGUAUUUUGAUUAUAUAGGGAAACUGCUUGCGAGCUUUCCAAUUCCGAUUCGAGAUUGAGUUCUUUGUUCUUGUUUUAGUAAAUUGUAUCUAGCUGUUUUGGAACUGUUUUUUAUAGGCACCCACAAAAAUUUGAAACGAGAGGGAUAUGUACUGCUGUUUUGUUGUAGUCUGGUAUAAUUGUUUACCAUAAAAUUCAUGUUGAACUAGUAAACCAGCCUUUUUAAUAGUAAAUGUAAAUGGACCAGAUGUUUUGACUUGGUAA